AUGGUUUGCUUACCUUUCAGCUGGGAAGUUCGUCAUUCGAACUCCAAGAACCUUCCUUACUACUUCAACCCCGCCACCAAAGAAUCUCGUUGGGAACCACCUGCCGAUACGGACACCGAGAAGCUGAAGCUUUACAUGGCUCAUCAUCAUACUCCUGCUGCUAACGCCGAUGGUGCCGGACAAGCUGAGGGCAAGAUCCGCUGCAGCCAUUUGCUUGUCAAGCAUCGUGACAGCCGACGCCCCAGCAGCUGGCGGGAAGCUGAGAUCACCCGGUCCAAGGAGGAGGCGAUCGAGAUCCUCAAGGGCCACGAGGACCGCAUUCAGUCCGGUGAAAUCUCUUUAGGGGAUCUCGCUGUCUCCGAGUCUGAUUGCAGCAGUGCCCGCAAGAAGGGUGAUCUUGGCUUCUUUGGACCUGGCGAGAUGCAAAAGGAGUUCGAGGACGCAGCGUUUGCCCUCCAACCUGGCCAAGUCAGCGGCAUUACAGAGACUGCCUCUGGCGUUCACCUUAUUGAACGUAUGCAGUAA